ACUUACAUAUCUAAAUUCCUAGCGGAAUAUAUUUAUCUUAUAAGUAGUUCACAUAUAUAUACAUGUUUGAUUAUACAUAAAUGUAGAAUAUAAUUGGCUGCGAACUGAUAACUAGACUACUAUAUUUGAGUUUGCAGCGAACUGAUAUUGUGCAUAGUAUGGGAACUUCAGAUUUUUCGGAACUCUUCUUAAGUAAGAACUAUAAAACUUUUUAAAAGAACAUCAAUAAUUUUUAAUAUUUAAAUAAAAUAGAUCAUAUUCUUUUUCACAUAGCAAAGUAAUUAUCUGUUUUUAAUGAACAGGCAGAAAUUCUUUUUGACCUUGAUGCAUCAUUUGAAAUUGCAACUGUGAGGCAAGAAGAAGAUAUUUGGACGGUCUGUCUGAGAGCGACAGAUAGAGGAGACGAUGUGGCUUUUGAACAUAUAAUAGGGAACGAUAUAACAGAAACAUUUUUUUUACUUGGAAAAUUGGUAGAUGGAAUGGGUAAAUAUACUACACAGUCAAAUGAAGUUCCAUUUAUGAUACUCGAUGGUAUUAGACAUUUACAUGAAAUAGCUUCUGUUUUCUUUGAGGAGAAAGGAGAUUAUGAUAAAGCAUUAGAAUUUUAUAUGGAAGCAUUAAAAAUGGAAGAGAAAUCGUUGUCUCCCUCUCAUCCCGAAAUAGGUCAUAGUCUUCAUAAUAUUGGAUUGUGUUAUUACAAAAAAUAUUAUUAUAUUAGAACAGAUUGA